AAGAUGGAGCCACUCGUCCUAGCUACGAAACAAACAACACAGAACGCCACGGGAUAGGGAACGUUGCGGGUCGCCCGCCGACAUAAAUUUACGUCUUCGCGAGUGUUUUCAAGCGCUCGAAACCUUCACGAAAAUGGGGCUAUUAUCGAUCCUACGCAAACUGCGCUCCAACCCUGACAAGGAAUUACGUUUGUUGUUAUUGGGACUGGACAAUGCUGGCAAAACGACUAUAUUAAAAUCCUUGGCCAGUGAAGACGUCACUCAGGUCACGCCAACUCAAGGUUUUAAUAUAAAAAGCGUACAGAGCGAAGGCUUUAAGCUGAACGUAUGGGACAUUGGUGGUGCACGCAAGAUCAGACCAUACUGGAGAAAUUAUUUUGAAAAUACAGACGUUCUGAUAUACGUAGUGGAUAGUGCGGAUAUCAAAAGGCUAGAAGAAACUGGCCAGGAACUCUCGGAACUUUUAUUAGAGGAUAAAUUGCGUGCGGUACCGUUACUGGUUUACGCGAAUAAACAGGAUCUUGGUCAAGCCGUUACAGCUGCUGAGAUAGCCGAAGGACUUGGAUUGCACAAUAUCAAAGAUCGCGAUUGGCAGAUUCAAUCGUGUAUUGCUACGGAAGGGAAAGGCGUUAAAGAGGGUCUCGAGUGGGCGUGCAAGAGUAUCAAGAAAAAAUAAAAUGCAAGCUACGCGACGCGAUUACCCUAAAAAUCAACGGCAAUAAAAGGAGACGAAUUCAUUGGGGGAAAAAUGGUGUACAUUCCAUACACGCUUUAUUCGGCUGCUAUAUAAUAUGUACAAUAUUGUUGGCCAUGUUCAAAUGAGGUGUCUACGACAAAACAAUUUAGCCGAAUAGUCUGUCAAUACAAUGACGUGAUGCCAUUAGAUACCGAUCUGGUCAUUAGACUUCCGUCCACUUUAAGUAAAAAAUUGAAGACAGUUUAAGGAUGUAUAAUAAUGUAUAUCGUGCCUUCUACACGCAGACUUUUUUAGGCAAGAAUUUUGUACUAGUCGUACGAGAAUCCGUGUGACCUCAAACGAGAAAGGAAGGAAAGACAAAAUAAAGUGCGUGAGUGAAAGUGUAAUAGAGACCUAAAGAGCUUUGCGAGCACUGGAAAAAAAAAUAAUGAAAAAUAAAAUUUCUCGGAUUGCA